AUGUCUUCCCCUCGCGAAGGCCACCGCGCCUCGUUUGCUGAUCACCCCGUCCGCUCAGCGGAUCAGAUCACGUACCUCUCCGAAGACGAGAUCAGCCAGUUCCUCGAUGACCUGGACAGGGAUGGCGACGGACACAUCAACUAUGCCGAGGUCGAGCACAAACUGGACCAGGCACACGACGAGCUCGUCCCCAAGCCAGCCGCGCACCACGUGUUUGCCUCGCGACGACCAGCCAAGGACGACAAGGAGGGUCUCGACGGGACCAACAAGGCGCGCCAUGAGUUUCUGCGGCAGAUCAUGGGCGGCCGGACCGCGGACAAGAUCCCGCGCGCCGAGUUUGCCCAGCUCAUGCGGGACUGGAAGAUCCCCAGCCUACAGCAGGCCAAGAAGGAGGAGGAGGACGAGAGGGGUUACUUCCGCAAACUGCCCAACUGGCGCAAGGUCCGCGCCUACUGGGCCGUCCACGGGCCCGAGAUUGUCUUCCUCGGCCUCGUCGUCGCCAUGCAGCUGGCCUUUGCCGUCUGGCAGCUCGUCAAGUACCUCACGACGGCGCCCUACACGGCCGGCUUUGGCUGGGGCAUCGUCCUGGCCAAGACGAGCGCGGGCGCCCUGUACCCGACCUUUUUCUUCCUCCUCCUGAGCAUGAGUCGCUACUUUUCGACCUUGCUGCGGCGGUCCUACCUUGUCUCGCGCUUCCUCAACUGGGACCUGAGCCAGGACUUUCACAUCCGCAUCUCGUGCGUGGCGAUUGUCCUGGCGAGCGUGCACGCCGUUGGGCAUCUGGCGGGCUCGUUCCGGUACGGGAGCACGGAUAGUCGGCAGGACGUGGUGGAGGCGGUGCUGGGUCAGCGGAUGCACUACGUGGACUUUGUGCGCACGUUGCCCGGCGUCACUGGUCUCACCGCGCUCGGUCUCAUGUACGUCCUCUCGCUGUUGAGCAUCCCCCCGGUCCGACGCUGGAACUACGAGGUCUUCCAGCUCGGCCACCUGCUCAUGUACCCCAUCGUCGGGCUCAUGAUGGCGCACGGGACGAGAGGCCUCUUCCAGUGGCCCAUGUUCGGCUACUUCCUCGCCUUUCCCAUGCUUCUCAUCCUCGUCGAGCGCUUCGUGCGCAUCGUCCUCGGCUUCUACCGCAUCACCGCCACGCUCAAGGUCCUCGACGGCGAGACGGUCGAGAUCACGACCGACAUUCCCAGCGAGAGGAUCUGGAAGUACAAGGCCGGGCAGUACAUCUUCCUCAACGUGCCCGCCCUCUCCUACUUCCAGUGGCACCCCUUUACCGUCUCCUUUUGCCGCGGCAACAAGAUGAGGGUGCACAUCAAGACGGACGGCAACUGGACCGCGAAGCUGCGCGGCCUGGGCGGCCCGUCGGGCCAGAGCCAGAUCAAGAUCGCCAUCAACGGUCCCUUUGGCGCCCCCGCCCAGCGCUUCUACGACUUCAGCCACUCUGUCAUCAUCGGGGCUGGUAUAGGCGUCACGCCCUUCUCGGGUAUCCUGGCGGAUCUGCAGUACAACGACGACCUCGAACACGGCGGUCCCAGCCACGACAGGUCCCUCCCGGAGCAGGAUGUCACCAAGAUUCCCGAAGAGGGGGAGAAGAGCAUAGAAGACGACGACAAGCUCCCGCAGUCGGAGAACCGUCCGCACCAGGUGCCCUCCGACCUCAUCAGCAAAGCACACAACCCCCAGCCCACGCACGCCGCUACCUUUGCCGACGACUACCGCCGCGUCGACUUUCACUGGAUCGUCCGCGACAGGAACUACCUCCUCUGGCUAUCCGACCUACUAAACGAGGUCUCUCUCUCGCAAGUCUGGCAUCGCGCCCACGAGGACCACGCCCACCUCGACAUCCGCAUCAACACCCACGUCACGGCCAAGCGCAACGGCAUCGUCACACACGUCUACCGCUGGCUCCUCGAGAUGCACCGCACAGCGGACCACCCGGCCAGCCCGCUCACGGGGCUCCUCAACGCGACGCACUACGGCCGCCCGGACUUCGACAUCAUCCUCGACGAGCACUAUGCGGAAACGGUCGCGUACCGCGCGAGCCUGCGCCAGGCAAGACAAGAACAAGAAGAAGCAGGUGAUGAUGCCACGGCGAGAGACGACACGUCGAGCGACAGCAGCGCACAGGAGCGGGAGGACGAGGAGUUCAAGGUGGGCGUGUUUUACUGCGGCGCGCCUGUCGUCGGGGAGAUUCUCGCAGAUAAAUGCGCCGAGCUCACGACGAGGGGGCGCGAGGACGGGACCAAGAUUGAGUACCACUUCAUGAUUGAGGUGUUUGGCUAG